AUGAGUCAAAGAGACAACACCCAAGGCCCAGGCAGCGACGCGCAACGCAAGAGAGCGCGCCGCAAUUCUUCCCUGGUCGAACCUGAGGCCUGUGAUCAGAAUCAGCGCAACGUACGAGAUAGUGAUCAGAAUCGAACAAUGGGUAGUGUGUCUGGACCAACAUCGCAGCAUCCCGUCACCUCAUGGACUUCCACCGUCGCCGCCUUCGAAAGAGACCCCAUGUCUGAUCAAGUACAAAGAUACAAAGAUUGGCGCCGAAAUGGGUCUUUGAAUGAGAAGAUCUGUCGCGUUUGCCUGCAGCCUGGCGAUCUCUAUCCUUGCCGUACAUGCAGGCCAGCAUUUCAUCUCCGUUGCAUCCCGCACGGCUCCCUGCGCGACUCUCAAAACCGCAUCUUCUGUGCUCUUUGCGUUCGACGUGGCUGGAAUGUGGCUCCUCCUGCACUCACACCUCCUUCUUCUCCAGGGCCAGCUCCUGCGCGACAGCUAGAUGCCACCACGACACCUAUGGCCACAGAUACGUCCACAAGGGCGACAUCGAUUCCUAGCCUAGUUACCGGGACGCUUGAAUCUGACGCACAUUCGCAAUUUCCUACUGUUCAGGAAGGGCAUGGUAUUACGGAGAAUGUUUCGUCCCCUAAUUCUACCGACUAUCGCGCUCUACAACCACGGCCUGCUGCUGUAGAUAUUGUGAGCCAGUUGAAUAUUGAGGCGCCUGGCGAAAGUAGCGAUCACAAUGCAGGAACACCCCGUCCGAAGCGACAACGCAAAUCUCGAUUUGCUACGCUUCCUACUGAGGUUGAUUCGUCGCUAGCCGUUCUCUACCGCGAAUUGGAAUCCGUCGCCUCCCUCAAAGCACAAGUGGAGGAUUUGCGGGUUCAAAACACACAACACCUGCAGGUCCUGAAAAUCCGCGAUAACAAUAUAGCCUCCCUGCGCAGAAAUCUAGACAACCGAAAAGGUGAGGCUGAAGAGUUGGCAAGAUUACGAACGAACAAGUUCCAAUACGACUCACUUUUAAAGGAAAUUGAAGAACUCCGGUCAAAGAAUGCACAGCUUGAAGCAGACUUGAAAGUCUCAAGGGAACGGACAGCAGCGGCUGAGGAAAUUGUGAACGAUUGGAAGGGAAAGCUUACACAGUUAAUCGGCACUUCUUAG